UAAGCGACGUCUGGCAGUUGGAUAAAAAAGUUCACUUCAAAAAACGCGAAGAUUUUGUGUUUACUGUGUCGUCAAAUUGUGAAUUUUGCCGUAAAAUCAGCAGGGAUUUACUGUAGAAACGUCGAGCGGCACCUGCCCUAACCUUAAAAUGAUAAGUCCCCAAGAAUUGGAAUGCCGGAAAAUCUGCUCCGAGAGAUUCUUCUUGGCCAUUGCAUGUAGUACAGGCUUGCAAUUUGUCAUGCUGGGACUCUUCCUCAUCUUUAUCAAUGUCAACAUUGUCCAUCCGAUUGCAUGGAUUGCCGGGAGUAUCUCAAAGGUUUUUUCCCCAUACACCUGGCUCUGUAUUACUCCACUUAUUGGCUCUGUGGCCAUCUACGGGAUGCUCAUGGCCAGGCAUUUGGUAUCUGAACCCAAAUACUAUCGCAAUAGAUUCACAAUGUAUAGGUCCAGUGGGAGGAAGUUGAUGUACUUGGGAGUACAUGGAAUUGUGGGAUUUCUCACAGCAUGGCUGUAUGCCAAAUAUUUGCCAGAAGAUUACAGUGCCCUGACAAGGCCCUGCGAUGGCCAGUCAUGUUACAAUGACAAGUACAUCUUCAUCAUUAUCAGUGGAUUCUAUACAGGGAUUUAUUUCUUUCUGAAGGAGCACAUGAAGUCCCAAAAUCUCAUAGUUUUCCCAGUGAUUCUGCAGGGAAAGUACCAGCAGGUUACAACCAAUCUCGCUGGGAUCUUCUGCAAAUCUCUCUCUAUGACUUUCUUCUCUGCCCUGAUUUAUGUUUUGGGGUAUUGGGUAUCAAAUGGACUCUUCAAGUGGAGCCUUGAGGCAAUUUUCGGCCUCAAAUUUGCCGAUGAUUCCAUCUUUGUGCAUCUGAUGGAUUUCCUAUUGGAUUGGAGAUUGAUCAUUUAUGAGUGGAUUCUGUCUUCGCAAAUUCUUAGCAAUAUGUACUUGAUCAACAGAUUGUUGAUUGUCUUCCUCACUGAAUACCGAGCCUUUCCGAUCGUUCGACCCUUGGGAAGUAAUCCUGAGUAUCAGGAAAUUACUCUGACUGAAGCUCUGGCAACCCAAAAACUUCCAGUCAUUCAGGAUCUUGCCUGUCAGGAUCUCUUUAUGAUUGCCAAUGGAUGUGACUCAGCCAGGAGGAAGGAUAUCUUUAUGCUUUCAAUUCCCGGAGGACAUCCCAAUAACUGGAAAGCCCUGGUGAGUCAGUGCCUGGAACUGGUGAAUGGAUUCAACCAAAAGCUCAUGAAAUCCAUCGAAGGCAUGAAAUUGGAGCCAGUUUUGCCCAGUAAAGCUGCAGUUUUUAGGCCAACAGCAACAGAAGUUGCUGAUCAUAUUCUCUGGAUGCAACACAAUGAAGGACUCAGGAUUCAGAGGCACACGAAUCCCCAGGAAAACCCACGAGUCAGUGAGACAACAAAUAAAACCUUCUACACCAUUCAAGAUUUUUGGAAAAUUGUGGGAAACUUCGUGGAAAGAGGAAAGAAGUAUCUGAUGAAUUAUCCAGGAAUUCACUAUCUCUUCAGUGAAACUCCCUUCGAAGAGACAUUUUUUCACCUGAUGCACUCUCAGCGGAUCAUUUGGAUUGUCCAGGCCAUUUCCACUUUGGCUGAGAAAUCCGUUCAAGAGGAUACAUUUGGCGUAGUUCAGAAUGAUCUCACAGACAUCAUCCGGGCAUUCAUACAGCUCAAGAAUACCCUGGACAAAAUUGGAAAUAUUAUGCUGGGCGAGAGGAGGGUAGAUCGAAAUUUCCUGACACUCAAAAGUGCAGUUAAGCGAAGUCUCUAUCGCAUCUCAAACACUUUUUCUGCCUACUUCAGUGAUCUUCGCCUCAGUGACCCAGACUUGAAGCACAUCAAUCUCUUCGCCACCUACAAAGAAGCCUAGAAGGAAGCCAAAAUUCCUCAGAAGUUCUGAUUUAUUCAGUUUUUUUUUGCCUAGUGAAUAUAAAAGGCUCUUUAUAAAAAAAUCUUGAUAAUUAUUAUUAAAUAAAAAUAAAAUGGAUUACAAAAACACAACA